AUGGACUGUCCGCCACUUAGCGCCAUUUCUCUCGUCCUCCUCACCUUCUUCUUCAUCUCCUCCUCUUUCGCUCAAUCUUCCACUGUCGGCGUCGGUUACAUUUCGAAGCUUCUCGAAAUCCAGGACCGCGAACGAGUUCCUCCUUCAGUCCAAGUCGCCGCCGCUCGCAGUGUUCUCCAACGCCUGCUUCCUUCUCACUCCUCCAGCUUCGAGUUUCGAAUCGUCUCUAAGUUAAUUUUGAAGAAGUUCAAUUUUGUUUUUGAAAGAUUAAUUUCUGGGGUAACUGGAGUGGAAGUGUUGGCUGGUUUGCAUUGGUAUUUGAAGCAUUGGUGUGGUUCACAUAUAUCGUGGGACAAAACAGGCGGUGCACAACUCAACUCGAUACCUAAAUUAGGCUCUCUUCCGCCUGUGCAAGAUGAUGGUAUCUUGGUUCGAAGAUCUGUUCCUUGGAAUUAUUACCAGAAUGCUGUCACAUCGAGCUACAUUUCACUACCUUCGCAGAAAUUUAAUAUUAGUAAAGCAGAGUUGGAUGAUUUCUUUGGAGGCCCUGCAUUUCUUGCUUGGUCACGCAUGGCAAAUUUGCAUAGGUGGGGUGGACCACUACCACAAAGUUGGUUUGAUCAACAACUAGUUCUGCAGAAGAAAAUUCUUGCCAGAAUGUAUGAACUUGGAAUGACUCCAGUUAAGAAUGACGUUAGAUGGUGCUGCACGUAUCUUCUUGAUGCAACAGAUCCCUUGUUUAUUGAGAUUGGAAAAGCAUUCGUUGAGCAACAAUUGACAGAGUAUGGAAGGACAAGCCACGUACACAACUGUGACACUUUUGAUGAGAAUACUCCACCUGUUGAUGACCCAGAGUACAUAUCUUCAUUAGGGGCAGCAAUCUUUGAAGGAAUGCAAAGUGGGGAUAAUAAUGCUGUCUGGCUGAUGCAGGGGUGGUUGUUUUCAUAUGAUCCUUUCUGGAGACCUCCACAAAUGAAGGCACUUCUACAUUCUGUACCUAUGGGGAAACUGGUAGUCCUUGAUCUGUUUGCCGAAGUGAAUCCCAUAUGGAUUAGUUCAGAGCAAUUUUAUGGUGUCCCUUACAUCUGGUGUAUGCUGCACAACUUUGCAGGAAACCUAGAGAUGUAUGGGUAUUUAGAUUCAGUAGCUUCUGGACCAGUUGAAGCUCGUACCAGUGAAAACUCCACAAUGGUCGGUGUUGGAAUGUCGAUGGAAGGUAUAGAACAAAACCCAGUUGUUUAUGACCUCAUGUCUGAAAUGGCAUUUCAACAGAACAAUGUUGAUGUCAAGGAAUGGAUUGAUUUGUAUUCAGCAAGACGUUAUGGUCGAUCAGUUUCGUUAAUACGGGAUGCCUGGAAUAUCCUAUACCACACAGUUUACAAUUGCACUGAUGGUGCCUAUGACAAAAACCGUGAUGUAAUUGUAGCAUUCCCUGAUGUUGAUCCAUAUUCUCUUCUGAUACUGCAAGCAAGGCAUCACACUGAUGGAAAACCAGUAUCAAGAAAAGCCAUCCUAAUAGAAAACUCUGAUUCAUAUGAUCAUCCUCAUCUAUGGUAUUCAACCACUGAAGUUGUGCAUGCUUUGGAACUUUUCAUUGCAGGAGGGGAUGAAUUAUCGGGAAGUAGCACUUACAGUUAUGACUUAGUUGACCUGACAAGACAAGUGUUGGCAAAAUAUGCAAAUGAGCUGUUCUUAAAGGUAAUAGAAGCCUACCAAUUAAAUGACCACCAUGGACUUGCUUACCAGAGUCAGAUGUUUCUAGACCUCGUGGAAGACAUGGACACACUCUUGGCCUGCCAUGAAGGAUUUCUUCUAGGGCCGUGGUUAGAAAGUGCAAAGCAACUUGCCCAAGAUGAAGAACAACAAAUACAAUUUGAAUGGAAUGCAAGAACUCAGAUAACUAUGUGGUAUGACAACACAGAGGUGGAAGCAAGUCUUCUUCGUGACUAUGGGAAUAAGUACUGGAGUGGUCUUCUAAAAGAUUACUAUGGUCCCCGGGCAGCUAUAUAUUUCAAAUUGUUAACCCAGAGUUUGGAAAAUGGCCAAGGUUUCCAGUUGAAGGCUUGGAGAAGAGAGUGGAUAAAGCUUACAAACAACUGGCAGAAAAGUAGGAAGAUAUACACAGUGGAGAGUAACGGAAAUGCACUGAACAUAUCCCGGUGGCUCUAUCACAAAUACCUUGGCAAUCUGGAUACAUAUAGAUGA